AAACCCGGAAGUAACUGUUUUCUGGCUUCGUAACCCCCAGAGCAGCCUAGGAAGUCUGAAACCCUACAUUACAGUUGCCCUAAGGUUAGUUAAAGCAUGUUCCCUUCUAUUAUAAUAUACGCGGUAUAUGAAUUACAGCCUUCUGAAAUCCCCCAUUCGUUUGUUUCUUUGCUUCGCAAUUAAAAGCAACGUCCGUUUGUGUUUACAUCCUACCGGCUGUUGUGCUCACAGACACGUGGAGCUUCUCAGCCACUGAGGUCCCGGUUCUGCCGGUAUAUGUCUGUGUUGUGUGCGAGGAAGGGUGUGCGUGUGUUUUAGGGGAUGUACUGUAACUACCAGGACAGAGAGGAGUUUGAGGAUGACCUCUAUGGGGAGGAGGGGGACUCAGAUGGGUCAGAGGUCAACAGGGAGGUGGAGUUCCACCUCUAUAGCCAGCUCCACUACGCUUCUGAGACCGGAGCGGUGAACGGGGAAGACCUUCAGGAUGAGAAGGAGGAGAGGGAAAGAAGUGUCAGUGCAGACCCUGAACAAAGCAAGGAUGGACUGCAGGAAGGCCAGGCACUGAAACAAGCCUUGUUAAAGUUGAAUAACCUUAAGAAAGGGAAGACGAAUGCAAAGUCUUUACGGUCUUCUGCAAAAUUGGAGGAAGUAAUUGUCAUCGACUCUGGUACAGAUAUUAUACACUCUGAAGAUGAUAAUGAAGGAGUCUGUACCCUCAAGGGUCAGAGUUCGAAGAGAGUUCCGCUGUCUUCAACCCCAGCCCAACAGACGAGAGCAAAGAGGCCGCGGAGCCCCAGUCUGGACUCUGUUGUGCUUGUGAACUCAGAAUCUGAAGAGUCUGAAUCAGAGUCUGACGACAACUCUGACAUCCUGGAGGCCUGGAUGAUCCUGGGUCAGGGGAAGGACGUUGAAGAUCACAGCAUCUCGCUCAACCUGGAGGGACAAUCAAGCAACAGCACAGACGGUGAUGAAGCUGAAAAUGGCAACUGGUUGGUGUCCAGUAAAGACAAGGCGACCCGGAUCUAUAACCAGGACAAGAGCAGGUUUGUCAGGCCCCUGGCCAGACGGAACUCGAACCGAUACUAUUGUGACAAAAGCGUCACCUGUAGGAACUGCAACAAGACCGGGCAUCUCUCCAUGACCUGCCCCUCGCCCUCGAAGGUGCUGAGCUGCUCGCUGUGUGGCACCCCGGGCCACCUGAUAUACUGCUGUCCCAACAGACACUGCAACAACUGCGGCAUGCCCGGCCACGUGUACAAGGCGUGCAGGGACAUGGCCUACUGGCACAAGAAGUGCCAUCGCUGUGGCAUGACCGGACACUUCACUGACGUGUGCCCAGAGAUCUGGAGACAGUACCACCUCACGACGAAGAAAGGUCCCGCGCAGCCCUCUGGGAAAAAGGACCAAGGCAGGAUGCCCGCCUACUGCUACAACUGCUCCAGAAUGGGGCACUUUGGCCACGCAUGUACACAGCGUCGGAUGUAUAAUGGGAGCUACCCCAGCACGCCCUUCAUCAACCACUAUGACACUCCCGCCGACUUCCACAAGAGGGAGCACAGGAUGAAGAGGAUGGCCAAAGAACUCGAGGAGGCCGGCCUGCUUGGCCCCACUUCUAACCCACCCGCCACCCCAGGACCCCCGAAGAAGAGGCAGAGGACCGCCUACAACCACGACUACAAGAAGAACCACCACCACCACAAGCAGCAGGAGAACGCCAACAGCUACCCCUCCUCCACCAGGGUCCCAAAGCCCGGCUCCAGCUCCGACCCCGCCCCCACCCACACCCGCUUCGGCGAGGCCGGCCCGGUCCAGACCACGCCCCGCCGGCCGGCCGUCAUCUUCAAGACCCAGAUGUCCACCAAGCUGAAGCCGACGCCAGUCAGCGGUGCCGACAAACAGUGGAAGCCCAAGCGGGGCAUCCCCGCCAACAAGGCUGCGGCCUCCACGUUGAACGAGGAGGAGUGCUUCCCCCGGGGCGGGGAAGAGAGGGCGCCGAAGAAGAGCAGGAACAGGAACAAGAAGAACCCCAACAGGCUGAACUGGGGGGGUUCGGCGGAGCCGCGCACGUCACCCUUCAAGCGCCAGUCCUACACCCCGGAGCAGCUCUACGGUGGCAGGGGGGCGGCGAAGGAGAAGGGGAAGGGGAAGAGGGCCGCCUGGAUGAAGAAGAAGUCGUCUAAAGGCGGCGGCGCAGACAUGUACCCCACCGAUGAGAACCUCUUCACCAUUAAACAGAGGAAAGGGAAACGCAAGUAGUAGAACAACGCGGUGACCGCUACAGAGCUGCGCGUUGGUCUUGUCAGCCUGAAUUCUGUGGGUUUAUAGAAUCACACCGCCAUCUCAGGACUGGAUUGGUGUCACAGGUGUGACACUGACAGCGUUUCAGAAACUGAACCGCUUCCCAACAGCACCGCCCUGUGGCUGGUUGAAAUACUGCAGUAGGAAAAACCUUGCAGAUGAAUGCAAGGCAGGUUCAGAAUAAAUGCCUUUUAGUAAAUAGAUACAACGCCUUUAUUUACUUUCAGUUCAUACAUGAUGCUUUUCAUAAUGCAUAUAAUGUGAAAACAAGUGAAGGCGAGUUUACCGAAAUUGAUUUUAAUAAGUGGCUGUGAAAGGAAACAAAUAGUUAAUAUUUUACCUGCAUUUUGCCAGUUGCAGUGUCUCCUCAACCUCUGUUCAAAUAAAAAAGAUCAAGCCUAUAGACUUUGGUCUUAUUUACUUUCCUGCUGUGCAUUUGCAAGUUUCAACUUGAAUAUAGUAUAGGAGACUUCCAUUGUGCCUCUGAUUUAAGCUGGUGUUCAGGGCCUGAACUAGGAAGAUCUAUUCUUAUGAAUUCCUCUGAAAAGUAAGAAGUUUGGCUACAAAGCAUUGAGAAAGACCAGACCAUUCAUGUUGAAGAAUUACAUUGACUUUGAGAGGAGUCAUGUGUGUACCAAGUUUAGACCUUAACUGAUUUUAAAACAUAGCGACACAAAAUAUUAUUAGUGACUAUUUUUUCUGACGCGAUCUGAGUAAUGAAGACAGUUGGGGGAUUUUAUAGUCAGCUUAUUCUUGUAAUAGUCCUAUGAAACAAUGUAUACUACAACACCUUGUGGUUAUAUUCUGCUUAUCAAGUUCUCGAAUUUGAGGAACAGGCAGAGAAAUCAUUCAGUGUUAUCUCUUCAAUUCACUGAACUCCAGGCUUGUUUUUUGUAACUAGCUUUAAAAAUUAGAUUUUUAUGAUUGAUGGACGGGAUGCAUUAAAGAUUGAUUUGAUCUAA